AUGAAAACUGCUGAGAACUGGAGAUAUGCUGCAAAACAACUUCUCAAGAAGUAUCCUCAAGAUGUUAUUGUUCACUGCAGUGAAAGUAAUUCUUCAACACUCACAUUUCAAGGUGUUGAUAAAAUGGGAAGCCGAUUAGCAGAUGAGGUAGUCUCUGUUAUAAAACGUUAUCCAGGCCUUCAGAAGAUAUCCUUCAUAGGCCACUCACUAGGUGGCCUGAUUGCACGGUUUGCUAUUGCUAAGCUAUAUUCUGAAGGAGAUGGUGAAUGUAGACAUGAUGAAUUUAAAGGCAGAAUUGCUGGACUAGAGCCCAUGAACUUUAUAACCUCUGCAACCCCCAUCUUGGAUCAAGGGGUCAUAAACAGUGCAAAUAUCAUUUUUCUUCCUUACUCAAGAGGUGUUUGCUCAUGGAAAGGAUUGCUUGCCCCAGCAUUCUGUGGUUCUUACACACUGGAAAAGGCAGCAGCACGUGCAUCAUGGCUUCUUGGAAGAUCAGGGAAGCAUUUGUUUCUGAAGGACGGCAAUAAGAAAAAACCUCCCCUUCUACUUAAGAUGGCCAGUGAUAGUGAUGAUCUAAAAUUUAUAUCUGCCUUACAGUCCUUCAGGCAUCGUGUUGCCUACUCAAACACACUUCUUGUUGGACGGAGUACAUCAUCUCUGAGGCGCCGAAGUGAGCUUCCAAAGCGCAAAACUCUCUCGAGAAGUGACAAAUACCCACAUGUUAUAAAUGUGGAAUAUGCAAAAGCUGCAGACACUCGAGAAGAAACAUGUUUAGAUCCUAAAGUGAAUAGAUUCAAGACUACUAAUAUGGAAGAGGCAAUGAUCAGGGGACUCACAAAAAUGAGCUGGGAGAAGGUUGAUGUCGACUUUGGGGGAAGCAAACAGAGAUUCUGGGCACAUAAUACUAUUCAGGCAACCCAGAACGCAACUAUGAUCAUGUGUGAUGUCAACGUAAACAGCUACCGUAUGAACUCCGAUGGGGCUGAUGUCAUCCAACACAUGGAGUCUGAGGAUAUGUCAAAGCUUGGGAAGCAGUUGGAGCUUCCCAAUUGUACGCUUUGCCAUAUCAGAAUGCCACAUGGGCACCAUAUCAUGCUCCAGAGCUCAGAUCACCGGCAGUUUGAUGGGAAGUGGCAGGCCUAUCUCAAGGCUCCUUUGUACAGACUUCUGACGCCAGAGAGCAUAAGCCAAAAAGCUGUUCAGACCAUCAUG